AUGAACAGGAUUGCCAAGAAGAUGCUUUUAGAAGAAAUCAAAGCCAAUCUCUCUUCUGAUGAAGAUGGAUCUUCAGAUGAUGAAGGUGAAGUAAGAAAAAAAAGACCUGGAAAACAAAAUGAAGAAAACAUUGAGGAAACAAAAAGUCAAGUCAAUCCUGAAUCAGAUUCAGACUCUGAAGAAUCUAAGAAACCAAGAUACAGACAUAGGCUUUUGAGACACAAGCUGACUGUGAGUGAUGGAGAAUCUGGAGAAGAAACAAAGACAAAAUAUAAAGAACACAAAGAAGCAAAAGUCAGAAAUAGGAGGAAGGUGAGCAGUGAAGAUUCUGAAGAUUCUGAUUUUCAGGAAUCUGGAGUUAGUGAAGAAGUUAGUGAGUCUGAAGAUGAACAGCGGCCUAGAACAAGGUCUGCCAAGAAGGCUGAGUUAGAAGAAAAUCAGCGUAGUUAUAAACAGAAAAAGAAAAGGCUACGCAUUAAGGUCCAAGAAGAUUCAUCCAGUGAAAAUAAGAGUAACUCUGAUGGGGAUAAAGAGGAGGACGAGGAAGAAAAUGAAGAGGAAGAAGAUGAAAAUGAUGAUUCCAAAUCACCUGGAAAAGGCAGAAAGAAAAUUAGAAAGAUUCUGAAGGAUGACAAACUAAGAACAGAAACACAAAAUGCUCUUAAGGAAGAAGAAGAGAGAAGAAAACGUAUUGCUGAGAGGGAACGGGAACGAGAGAAAUUGAGAGAAGUAAUAGAAAUUGAAGAUGCUUCACCUACCCAGUGUCCAAUAACAACCAAGUUGGUAUUAGAUGAAGAUGAAGAAACUAAAGAACCAUUAGUGCAGGUUCAUAGAAAUAUGGUUAUCAAAUUAAAGCCUCAUCAAGUAGAUGGUGUUCAGUUUAUGUGGGAUUGCUGCUGUGAAUCUGUAAAAAAAACAAAGAAAUCUCCAGGCUCAGGGUGUAUUCUUGCCCACUGUAUGGGCCUUGGUAAGACUUUACAGGUGGUAAGUUUUCUUCAUACUGUUCUUUUAUGUAAGAAAUUGGAUUUCAGCACUGCUUUAGUGGUUUGUCCUCUUAAUACUGCAUUGAAUUGGAUGAAUGAAUUUGAGAAGUGGCAGGAGGGAUUAAAAGACGAUGAAAAACUUGAGGUUUCUGAAUUAGCAACUGUGAAACGGCCCCAGGAUAGAAGCUACAUGCUACAGAGAUGGCAAGAAGAUGGUGGUGUUAUGAUCAUAGGCUAUGAAAUGUACAGGAAUCUUGCUCAAGGAAGAAAUGUGAAGAGUAGGAAACUUAAAGAAAUAUUUAACAAAGCUUUGGUUGAUCCUGGUCCUGACUUUGUUGUUUGUGAUGAAGGCCAUAUUUUAAAAAAUGAAGCAUCUGCUGUUUCAAAGGCUAUGAAUUCUAUCCGAUCAAGGAGAAGGAUUAUUUUAACAGGAACACCACUUCAAAAUAACCUGAUUGAAUAUCACUGUAUGGUUAACUUCAUCAAGGAAAAUUUGCUUGGAUCUAUUAAGGAGUUCAGGAAUAGGUUUAUAAAUCCAAUCCAAAAUGGUCAAUGUGCUGAUUCUACCAUGGUAGAUGUCAGAGUGAUGAAGAAGCGCGCUCACAUUCUCUAUGAGAUGUUAGCUGGAUGUGUUCAGAGAAAAGAUUAUACAGCAUUAACAAAGUUCUUGCCUCCAAAACAUGAGUAUGUAUUAGCUGUAAGAAUGACUUCGAUUCAGUGCAAGCUUUAUCAGUACUACUUAGAUCAUCUAACAGGUGUAGCUAGUAGCAAUGAAGGAGGAAGAGGAAAGGCAGGUGCAAAACUUUUCCAAGAUUUCCAGAUGUUAAGUAGAAUUUGGACUCAUCCUUGGUGUUUGCAGUUGGACUACAUUAGUAAAGAAAAUAAGGGAUAUUUUGAUGAAGACAGUAUGGAUGAAUUUAUAGCUUCAGAUUCCGAUGAAACCUCCAUGAGUUUAAGCUCUGAUGAUUACACAAAAAAGAAAAAAACAAAAGGGAAUAAGGGGAAAAAAGAUAGUAGUUCAAGUGGCAGUGGCAGUGACAAUGAUGUUGAAGUUAUUAAAGUGUGGAAUUCAAGAUCUCGAGGAGGUGGUGAAGGACUUGUGGAAGAUACAGCAAACAACCCAGCAGCUUCUUUAAAACUGGAAGAAAGUAAAGCUACUUCCUCUUCUAAUCCAAGCAGCCCUGCUCCAGAUUGGUAUAAAGAUUUUGUUACCAAUUCUGAUGCUGAGGUUUUGGAGCAUUCUGGGAAAAUGGUACUUCUCUUUGAAAUUCUUCGUAUGGCAGAGGAAAUAGGAGACAAAGUACUUGUUUUCAGCCAGUCCCUCAUAUCCUUGGAUUUGAUUGAAGAUUUUCUUGAAUUGGCUAGUAGGGAGAAAACAGAAGAUAAAGAUAAACCUCUUAUUUAUAAAGGUGAAGGGAAGUGGCUCCGAAACAUUGAUUAUUAUCGUUUGGAUGGCUCAACUACUGCACAAUCUAGGAAAAAAUGGGCUGAAGAAUUUAAUGAUGAAACUAAUGUGAGAGGAUGGUUGUUUAUCAUUUCCACCAAAGCAGGAUCUCUUGGAAUUAAUUUGGUUGCUGCUAAUCGAGUGAUUAUAUUUGAUGCUUCCUGGAAUCCAUCUUAUGACAUCCAGAGUAUAUUCAGAGUUUAUCGCUUUGGACAAACUAAACCUGUAUAUGUAUAUAGGUUCCUAGCUCAGGGAACAAUGGAAGAUAAGAUUUAUGACCGGCAAGUAACUAAACAGUCACUGUCAUUUCGAGUUGUUGAUCAACAACAGGUUGAACGUCACUUUACCAUGAAUGAGCUUACAGAACUUUAUACAUUUGAGCCAGACUUGCUAGAUGAUCCUAACUCAGAAAAGAAGAAGAAAAGAGAUACUCCUAUGCUGCCAAAGGACACAAUACUUGCAGAACUUCUCCAAAUACAUAAAGAACACAUUGUAGGAUAUCAUGAACAUGAUUCUCUUUUGGACCAUAAAGAAGAAGAAGAGUUGACUGAAGAAGAAAGAAAAGCAGCUUGGGCUGAGUAUGAUGCAGAGAAGAAGGGACUGACCAUGCGUUUCAACAUACCAACUGGGACCAAUUUACCCCCUGUCAGUUUCAACUCUCAAACUCCUUAUAUUCCUUUCAACUUGGGGGCUUUGUCAGCAAUGAGUAAUCAACAGCUGGAGGAUCUCAUUAAUCAAGGAAGAGAGAAAGUUGUGGAGGCAACCAACAGUGUGACAUCUGUGAGGAUUCAGCCUCUUGAAGAUAUAAUUUCUUCUAUAUGGAAGGAAAAUAUGACUCUUUCAGAGGCCCAAGUUCAAGCAUUAGCGUUAAGUAGACAAGCCAGCCAAGAACUUGAUGUUAAAAGAAGAGAAGCAAUCUACAAUGAUGUAUUGACAAAACAGCAGAUGUUAAUCAGCUGUGUUCAGCGAAUUCUUAUGAACCGAAGGCUGCAACAGCAGUACAAUCAACAACAUCAAAUGACUUACCAACAAGCAACACUGAGUCACCUCAUGAUGCCAAAGCCUCCUAAUUUAAUAAUGAAUCCUUCUAACUACCAGCAAAUUGAUAUGAGAGGAAUGUAUCAGUCAGUGGCUAGUGGGAUGCAGCCACCACCAUUACAGCGUGCACCACCCCCAAUGAGAAGCAAAAAUCCAGGACCUUCCCAAGGGAAAUCAAUGUGAUUUUGCACUAAAAGAUUAAGGGAUUGGAAAGGAAGAUAAAAGAUCUUUUAUUUUUUUAGGAAUCAAUGACUUAACAGAACUCAACUGUAUAAAUAGUUUGGUCCCCUUAAAUGCUAAUCUUCCAUAUUAGUUUUAAAAAAUUUAAUAGGCAUAUCAUUUCUUCCUGACAUUUGUCAGUGAUGUUGCCUAGAAUCUUCUUAUAUACAUUAAGUACAGAAGAUAUUUCAAAUUGUUUUCAGUGAAAACAAGUUCUUCCAUAACAGUAACAACUCUACAGAUUUCUUCUCUAAAUUUUUAUGCCUGCUUUUAGCAAUGAUAAAAUUGUCAUAAAAUGAAUAAAUUUAGGAAAGAAUACAGACUUACAUAUUCAUUCUUUACAUAUAAAAUACACAGCUGAGUUCUUAAAGUUGAUUCCUCAAGUUAUGAGAUACUUUUAUACUUAAUCCAUUUCUCGAUUAAAGUGAUUGAAAUGGUUUUAAUAUUCUUUAGACUGAAAUUUGAAACUGGGCUCCUGUUAUAUCAUCUCUCUGAAAGUUAGAAACUAAGGGUUAUCUUUGACACGAAAUUGUGUGCAAUAUUCUUAAAUACUACUGCUCUAAAAGUUGGAGGAGUCUUGCAGUUAUCUUAGCAUUAUAUAAACAGCCUUAAGUAUAAUCUGAGACGAAAAUUCCUUUUUCUUUAGUCUUUCUGCUAUUUAAAAAGAUCACUUACACUUAAUGAAAUAAUUACUGGUAACAUUUCAGAAUUGUGGUUUACCUUCCACACACGAAUUUUCUUUCUUGGCACUAAAAAGACUCUUGACUGCUUGGUGCCAGUGCUAGGCUUCAUCCUAUUGCUGGCAGUGGGAUGUGGAUGACAAAAUCAAGUUCUAGCAUCUUAGGAGGUCAAGGCUGACUUGUGGUUGUUAAUGCUCACACCCUUUUUUAUAAACAACAUCAAAAUGGCAGAACUAUCGCUGACUUUUAAGUUCUCAGUGAGGAACGUGCUUUAACAAUUCCCAGUACUGUCAGUAUUGUGAAAUAAUUCCUCUUAAGAGAUCACCGGCCUUUGUGUUCUUCCUUUCUCUCAUCAUAUUGUUCUUUUGCCCCAAUUACCCUGUGUUUUUUGAAUUAUAUUACUUUACAAAUGUCUUUUUCUUUGAAAUUUUAUCUGUAAGGUGAUUUUCAGAUCAGAAAUCAUUUCUCCAUAUUCUUAGGAAGUUUUACUAGAAAAGCAUUAUAUUGUCAUUUUUUCAGCCAAGGCUAUAAAAAUGACAUUUUUAUUCAUGUACAAUUUGAUUGCUUUAGUUUCUUUUACAAAUAAUAGUUAAACUGUAAAAAUCAACAUGGCAAAACCAUUUUUGAGGUAAUUAUGUAAACAAGUAGUAGAGAGAGCUGAGGAAUUUCAGAAAAAAGAAAGGUGGGCAGAGGAUUUGCUUUAGAUUACCACUGGAUUAGAUUACAGUAGCUAAAACUGUUUUGACUUUAGAUGAUUAUUAGAUUUCAUUUUUAUCUUGAAAGAACAAAUGAUGAAACAUCCAAGAACACUAGGUUUGUGAUAGAGAAUUUGUGCCAUUUUUUGGCUCUGCCCCCACCUUUUUAUUGUAAGUUAUACUAACAACUUCCAUAUAUUUGGAUUUAUUUCAGACAUACAAUCAAGUCUGUCAUUAUGGGGGAUGUGUGUUUGCUUUUAGAAUAAAUGAAAAGAGACAGAAUUUAUUAGAUAAUUAUUUGAAGGCAGUACACUCUGACCAGCUGUUAAUAGUUGGUAUUUCUACAUGUCCAGAACACUUUAAAUCUGAUUUACUAGACCUGGAAAUAUUCAAUAUGGUCUAUUUAUUUGUUCAAAGAUGUAGAUGUGAAAAUUUUAGGCAGUCUUCUAAAUGGAUAAAAUUAUAAUACAAAGGAGAAUUAAUUGGAAAUUAAAUGAUGAAUAAAACUUUGAUCACUGUACACUCUUCUCACUUGACAUUUUAGCUACAUAAUAUGUACUUUGAGUAAAACCUCAAGCUUUAACAAAUAUUUAAAAUCAAAAUCAUGUCAAUAAGAUACUAAAAGACUCAUUUUUAUAUUUGUUUUAGAUGUUUUAAAUAGUUGCAUUGGCUUAAAAAUGACGGUUUAAAAUGUUGCUUGUAAUACAGUUUUGCCUGCUAAAUUCUCCACAUUUUGUAACCUGUUUUAUUUCUUUGGGUGUAAAGCGUUUUUUGCUUAGUAUUGUGAUGUAUAUGUUUUGUCCCAGUUGUAUAGUAAUGUUUCAGUCCAUCAUCCGGCUUUGGCUGCUGAAAUCAUACAGCUGUGAAGACUUGCCUUUAUUUCUGUUAGAUUGCUUUUCAGUUCUGUAUUGAGUAUCUUAAGUACUGUAGAAAAUAUGUCACUUCUUCCUUUAAUAUAUAUGAGGACUGGAAUUGUGUUUUUAAAGAAAAGCAUUCAAGUAUGACAAUAAUACUAUCUGUGUUUUCACCAUUCAAAGUGCUGUUUAGUAGUUGAAACUUAAACUAUUUAAUAUCAUUUAAUAAAGUGACCAAAAUGUAAAAAAAAAAAAAA